GACAACAGUGACACUCUAAACUUGCUCUCUCCCUCGUACUCAACACAAGAGUCACGCUCUCCUUUCUCCCGCAGUGUCCGAAACCCUAGAUCUGAAAUCAUGCCAAGAAACCACGAUGAGAUCCAUGAUUCCGACUAUGAGCUCGAUGAAGAGGACUCUGCACAUGAUUACGAUGAGGGCGAGGAUGAGGAGGAGUCCAGUGAGGACGAUUACGAUUGUGAGGACCCUUGUCAGCAAGUUCUUGACGCUGGUAUACUCCGGCGUUUUAAGGAGAUUCUCAGAAACAAGGGAAAGAAUAGAUUAAAGAUGGGGGCUUGUGACGUAAUUGCAGAACUAGCAAUGGGAAACCAAACACAAAUUCGUGCUCUUAUCACUGAAGAGGUUAUAAUUCCUAUCAUCAACCUCUUGGAGAAGGCUGAUGCAAAACUAAAAACAUGUGCAGCUGCAACAAUAUUGGGAGUCCUGACUUUUUCAAAUGACCAAAACAUAUGUAAAAGUUUCAAUAUAUUUGUUAAUUUUCAAUCCAGUUUAACAUAUUUACACCAUAUUCUAACAUAAAUUAUAUAUAGGUACUUAGCAAAUCAAGGUUGCACCUCUGCUAUUCUGCACCUUCUUACAAGGAGCAAAACUACACAGUCAAUAAAUGCAAAAGCCUGCCUCAAGAAUCUGGAAAAAAUUCUGCAGGUGAACAAGGAAAGCCAUGAAUCACACCACAACAAGAUAGUUGUUGAGCGAGAUGGCAGAGACAUAAUUAAGAAGACCCUGCGCAACAACAAUGAUGAGUAAGUAUAUAUGGUAGCAAAUAGAAUUCUAGAAAUUCUUCCCUCUAUAUACCCUCCUUCCCCAAUAAGGAAAGCUCUACUCAUAGGCCUGGCAGAGGGUUUAAGGUGUAACCCAAAAGAAAUAACAGCAAUGGAGAAGGUUCUUAUCAACAAUGUUGACUUUUUAAAGGAAAAUGUUAUCAUUCUAUCAGAUCAUGGGACCUAUAUAAAACCUUAUAAAAAUGUCAUCAAAAGGACUAUUAAAGCAAUGUUGGAAACUAAGAAAGAUGAAGCAUCACCCAUAAUCUCCCUGUUUGUGUUCGGUCACGGAGGAUCCCACCACAAAAGGCCAACGAUUUUUCCUACACAAGAUUAUAAUCCCAAGGGGAAAUGACUAGUACUCACAGGUUAGUUGGUUAAUUUAUAUGGUUGUUAAUAGUAAUAGUUUACCCAUGCAUUGAGACCUUGUGAGGAAGUAAUUUCAAUACUAGAUCUGUUAAUACUCUAACAUAUAGUCAGUCAGAAAGACAAUAUGAAGUAGCUAUUACAAUCUCUUAUAUUCUGGCAAGCAGUUUCAAUACUAGGUCUGUUAAUACUAUAACAGAUAGACAUUAUGAAGUAGCUAUUGAAAGUAGCUUUUACAGUCUCAUUCAUAUUCUAGCAAGUAGUCUCAAGUUCAGAUAGUCAUCCAGCUACCCAAACAGAUAGUCAUCCAGAGUAUCCUCAGGACCGUGGAAAACUGGGGUUGCAACUAUGCCCAACCUCUUGUAAUUUUGAAAGAUUUGAUUGAAUAAUUCCCUGUUGGUGAUGGGUCGUGUCAGCUUCCUAAGUAUUGGUGAUAUGGUUAAGUUGACCAAGUCGCCAUCAAAUGUUACUAGUAGGAUUUUUAAUUUUUGCAGCCUUGAAGAAUUUGCCAGAGUAGCACAAAUUAAAAAACACAGUCAUCUUGGUGCCUUUGGGUACUUUCUUCCUCACAUUGUCGUAGAACUCAUCUGCAAAUUGUCAUCUUAUUAUUAAAAUGCAUAAUUAUGUUUCUAUUACUUAAAUGCGUGAAAACAAUAACAUAAUACUACUAGUUGAACAAAUUGAGAUAACUGUCUUCCUCACAAGGUCCCUAUGCAUGUGUAAACUAUUACUAUUAACAACCAUAUAAAUUAAACCACUAACCCACUAACCUGUGAGUACUAGUCCUUUCCCCUUGGGAUUAUAAUCUUGUGUGGGAAAGAUUGCUGGCCUUUUGUUGUGGGAUCCUCCGUGACCGAACACAAACAAAGAGAUUAUGGGUGAUGCUUCAUCUUUCUUAGUUUCCAGUUUCCAGCAUUGCUUUAAUAGUCCUUUUGAUGAUAUUUUUAUAAGGUUUUGUAUAGGUCUCAUGAUAGGAUAGAAUAAUAACACUUUCCUUUAAAAAACCAACAUUGUUGAUAAGAAUCUCCUCCAUUGCUGUUAUUUCUUUUGAGUUACACCUUAAACCCUCUGCCAGGCCUAUGAGUAGAGCUUUCGUUCUUGGGGAAGGAGGGUAUAUAGAGGGACAGAUUUUUGAAUUCUAUUUGCUACCAUAUAUACUUCCUCAUCAUUGUUGUUGCGCAGGGUCUCUUAAUUAUGUCUCUGCCAUCUCGCUCAAUAACUAUCUUGCUGUGGUGUGAUUCAUGGCUUUCCUUGCUCACCUGCAGGAUUUUUUCCAGAUUCUUGAGGCAGGCUUUUGCAUUUAUUGACUGUGUAGUUUUGCUCCUUGUAAAAAGGUGCAGAAUAGCAGAGGUGCAACCUUGAUUUGCUAAGUACCUAUAUAUAAUUUAUGUUAGAAUAUGUUGUAAAUAUGUUAAACUAGAUUGAAAAUUGACAAUAUAUAUUGAAACUUUUACAUCAUGUUUUGGUCAUUUGAAAAAGUCGGGCUCCCAAUAUUGCUGCACAUGUUUUUAGUUUUGCAUGAGCCUUCUCCAAGAGGAGGAUAAUGAAUACCAAACAACAAAAUAUGUUACAAGGUGAUUCAUGUAUGCAUAUGUGUUAAUUACUAACCACAAGUGAUUUGUAUAUGCAUUCGUGGAGAGUGUCAACUCUUCUUCAAUUAUCAUGAAAAGAAAAACACAAUUCAGUCAGAUAAAUAAUUUUGGCUUGGCAAACAAAAGUUGUUAACCAGAUCAAUGAAAACAAAAGUUUAAGGACAUGGAUUAAUAGAUCCAACCUUAUUCAUAGAUCCAAACCCAGAUCCAACUUUUCUAAAUCAUCACAUAACAAAUAGAACCAACCUUUCUGAAUUUUUACACGAUAAAUAUAUGUUUGAAAGAUCAAACCACUAAAAUCUAUGUCGAAAAGAUACUCAAACUUCUAGAUAUUUUAUAGCUUAGGUCAACCCCGAUAAAGACUCUAAACAAGGUGUAAAAUUUCUCACCAAUUCAUAGAUCAAGCUGGGAUCUAAGCUUACUGAAUCCUCACACAACAAAAAGAGCUAUGUCAACUCCGUCCAUAUUGCUAUAAAAGAGACUAUCAAACCGUGUCCAAAUCCUUCUCUCAUAGAUUCAUAGACACAACCUUUCGAUCUAUGACGCAGUAGUUCACUUCUGGUUCCGUGCCUCGUCUCUGCCCUAGCCGCUCUCAUCACGGUUUCUCGCAAAGGUAGAGCAACAAUGGACUCCGAAAAUCAAUCAGGUGCCAAACUGAUGUUGCCCUCACCAUCACAAAGCAUUUAUUCUCAAAACAAGAAUAUCAGGAGAAGAAUCUCAUCUUUUCGCCCUUCUCUCUCCACGCUGUUCUUAG